GGGAGCUGGGCAAGCAUGAGGCGGAGCUAGGGGCUGGACUGGAGCUUACUGCUGGGCCGAGGGCUCCACUAAGCUGAGAUUCAACGUUGAACUCUGCGAGGUAGAGUCCUGUGGAAGAACUAGGCUGACAGCGAUGUGGGUCAGGACGACACUAACGAUUAAAAGAUGGACUGAGGAAAAGAGUGACUGCAAAACUGACAUGUGGGACGAGAGCGAGAGCACCGAUAUAAGCAGGUUGCCCAGCUGGAAGAGAAGGCAUCUGUCUAGUGUGGAGUCCAGCAGUGAUGUGUCUUCCUUCUCCUCGGAAGGUGACUGUGAGGACACUGACAGGUGCUGCUGGAAACACCAGCAGUGUGUCAUCCACCCCUACUCGGAAUGUGGCCAUCACAAGCAGCACAUGCACACCGUCAGACACUGCAACUGUGAAUCUAGGCUGAAGGACUGCUCAGAGAAGACAAAUAGUAGCAGCUCCCGAGAUGUAGGCCUGACCUGCUCCAGAGAUGGGGGCUCAACCUGCUACAACAUCAUCCAUACCCCUUGCUUUGAACUCAUCCCAGAAGAAGAGUGUGUGGAGCGGAUCUGGUACCGCUGGUGCAAACGCUACAGACCCCUCUCUGUGGCAGUAAUCCACCAUCCCCAUUCCAUCCAUCACACAUGUAUGGCAGAUGACCCAAAUGAGGAGGAGGAGGAGGAGGAGGCCUCAUCUCCCAGCCCAACUCACUUGUGUCCCACUGACAUACCUACUGACCCAGACAUCAGGCCCGUCACCAGGGCUCCCGACUCAGCAGCGCCCAUCACCAUCUGGCGUUCUGAGAGCCCCACAGACAAGAGUCAGGAGGGCAAGGUCAUCAAGAAGAUAAAGAAGAAAAAGGAGAAAGAGAAAGACAAGGAGGAGGAGAUGGUGGAUGAAAAGGCAAAACCGAAGAAAAAUGUCAAGAAGGGCAAGUUAACUAAGAAGAAAAGCCCAGUGAAAUCAGAGUCUUCCCCUCCAGAACUAGUCAGGACGUCAGAGUCCAGCCCAGAAAGCCGAGAAGAGCCGGAGAGUGAGGACAGCUGUGAACGGAAUAAAGAGGGGCGCUCCAGUGAAGAUACUGUGGAAUUACCUUCGCCCAAGAAGAAAGAGAAGAGCACCGCCCAAACCAGAAAGAAUGGGACAAAGACCUUACAAAACAAGAAGACGAGCAAGAGAAAAUCUCCCCCAGUGUCCAAUCCCAAUCUCAGUUGAGGCCAGGGCAACCAGAGUGAAUAAAUCAAGCCUGUAACUGACCCCUACUGCUAUUCUCUCCCUCCAACAGGGCCUCUUCUGGGGGGAGGUGGCUGGUUCUGGGCCAGAGGUCAAGGGGAUUCUCAAGGGACAAUUCUACAAUCAAGGAGGAAGUCUAUGUCUAUGGGAAGUUAGGUAGGAGGGAGAGAGAAGCCACCUAGGAGCAGGUGGCAGAAUCUGUUUAGGGAGGGAGCGGAUGUUGGAGACCAGCGCCAUUUGUGAAACUCCUUCUGUGGUGGGCAGCACUAUGCAGCUCCACCUUCAAUAAACUGAACCUGCUGCUUACUUGGCCUGCCUUUCCCUCCUCAAGUGGCCCAAGGGAAGGGCUGUAGCACCACAGAGGACACGAUCUUCCCAGCUGGUGGAGCCCCAUGCAGCAGACCUGCUAUGCUGGAGAAAGUAGAGAGUUCCAGGAGGAAGCCAACCCUUUCCCACCAACACAAUCAAAGGGUGAAGAAAAGCGGUAUGAGUUCAAUACAGGCAGCGGUGGCAACUCAAGCAGGCACAAAGGAGGGAGGUUUACUCUCCCACACUGAAUCACUGCAAGAUGAAGCCUCAGACACACAGAACAAAGAAGGCUGCGGGCGGAAGGAACCAGAGCCAGAGUGCUGGCUGAUACAGAGCCAGGAAGGGAAAGGGGUGGGAAAUAGUCCCUCUCCCAUGGCCUGAGUGUCCAAGGAUGAUCAGGUGAGGGACCCAUUCUGGGCCAGGAACUGACUCUUCUGGCUGUCAGAGACCAAGGCACAGCUGAGAAAUGAAGGGGUGCCC